AUCAGGAAUGGACCUACAGACUGGGGAUGGAUUGUCACUAAUAUCUUGUGCUGAUCAUCCAAUCUGGAUUUGGCAGAAAUGCUGGGGUUUAAUUAGACAUCUCCACCCAAAUGCCUGGGAACUUAUCUCCCAGAUGGCUGCAUACAGUAAGAAGAAUGAACCCUCAAAGCCAGAAUUGAUUUGUAUAGAUACUGUACUAUAUAUAUAUAAGCACCAACUUUCAAUUCUCUGAAAGCCUCUCUGAUGUAAUGGGUGUUGGAUGCAAUCCUGAGAUGCAGAUCUUAAAUCUCUGUUUCAUGCAAUUCAUGAGAUGUUCAUAUCAUCUCUGUGUGUCUACACUGUUACAAUGCAGUGGCUCGGGUUAGUAACAGUUCCAAGGUAACAUUAUAAUAUUGCAUGCCAACACUGUCAGUGAGUUCUGUCGGAUUUUAUUGUAAAACGAACAGCUCAGCAUUUCGUCCUUAUGGAUGGCUACAGCUCGAGUAGAUGAGCUUUAAACACAUUCCCCUUGCACACAAUUGGCUGUCUGCUUUUCUUCUUGAAUAAAGAAGGGCAAACCAAUUAUAUAACGCAACGUGUGUCAUCCGUGUUCCUCCUGGAAUAUGCUGGCAUUGGGUUCUGCUUGGAAAAUGGAGGUUUUACCUAGAAGUUAUCGAGUAAUUGGAGUUACAAGAGGACAGCUGUUAUUGAUGAAAUAAAACAUGUAUACAUUAGUAUGAAUGAUUAUGGUUAUGGCCACUACUGAGAUAUUUUAUCGGCUAAGUGUAUUUUAUUAAAUGAAUAGAUUUCCUCUGUAAUUACGCUUCAACAGAUUCAGUUUAUUUGCUGAGGAAUUACCUCCGUAUCAAAUGUUGCUCUCUUGUUAUUUAUUUAUUUAAACAUUCUUAUUUUUAAGCAGCAUUUUGUGUAUAAAUUGCACUGUUUUUAUAACAUAAUUACGUUAUAAAAAUGGAAACUCUGAGGUACUCUGCUGCCUCGCAACGCCACGGCCCCAACGUUCGAGCUCAAGUUAAAGUAUGCGUGCAGUUUUACAUGUUAACGCCACGAUUCUGAAGGUUUCCUCCAGGUUUUCUGGUUUCCUGCAACAUACUAAAUAGGUUAAUUAGCCAUGCCAGAUUGCCCCAGGUGUGGCAUGGAGUAUAUGGUGUUUUCACUUCAGAUUACUGAACAUGAAUAAUUGAAUGAAUGAAUGUGAUUAUUGAACAUGAAUAAAUGAAUGAAUCGUAUUUGGGCAAACCCACUGAAGAAGUCUGCAGUUCCUCAAUCCUGUCUGAAAAAAAGCUUUUACGCUUUUAUAUUGUUUGAGCCAUAUCCAAGUAUUAAAUUAGAUGAAUCCAAGCUUUUUGCAUUAUUGAAGUCAAAUAAUAAGGCAGGGGGGUGUGUGUGCUGUAUGAGUAAUAUUGGGUAGAGUAAAGGGCAGAGUAUGUUUGCCAAUUUCUUUUACUUUGUACUUUUAUUUUGUACUGUUUGGAACAACAUUACCAUCUGAUUUGCUGGUCUGGAUGAAGAGGCCACUAGAUGAAGAAGAUUAACUUUGAGGAUUUGAGACCAAUCUGAAACCAAACCAUAUGCACUCGACCACUAAAGAAGGAUUGAUUCCUGACCAUUUCCUUAGUUUAAAAUGAUGUAUGGGAGCGCUAUUAGACAAGGGUGAACCAUUUUAUCCUUGGUUGCUGACUGGUUAUAGGAAGCAAGUAGUGUAAAAUGGUCUUUAUUACACCAGAGGUACUACUAUCACUCCUCUGAGGUAAAUGCAGAUUAGUUGAUGACUGCAGUGAGACCAGGGAUUCAGAUGUCAAGGUGAUUCCAUAAAUGUCUUCACAAAUCACAACGGUAAUUAAUUUGUUAAGCAAAUCUAAAAGCAUUCAAAUAGUUAGGCUAGAAAUCACUGACGUAAGCUUCUCUCACGAAGAAGACCCAAAUCUUCCUACACAACGUAAGCAUUUUUGAUUUAUUUUGACUUAUUUUGAUAUAGAUAUCGAGGCAGAUAAAACAGACAUACUAAAAUGUUCAGAGCUGAAAAAACAUAGACAACAUUCAGUAUUCAUGUCCAUAAAGAACAGUAGGAUAUUGAAUACCUAAAGCUAAACUACACUUUUUCUGCAGCCGUUACUAUCACUAUGAUUGCUGCUGAAUUUUAAUGGUAAUUAUGCAACGCGCCUUUGAUGUUGUUCAAAGAUUUUUAAGCCCCUGGGUGCAGCGUAAGCUCGAUGUUCCAAAUGCACCCUCUCUUUCCCUUUUAUUCUUCUUUUUUUUUCCCCUUCAAUACCCCAGCCAUCACUCCUUUUUUUUCACACUUUUCCCUUUUAUGCAUACACAUUUCUGUACAUCAACCCAGCAGCAGCUGAUUAGAAGAGCACCAAUGGUGAUUAGACAGCCUAUGAAUAAUUCUUACAAAAAAACCCUCUUUGUCUGGUUUCUCUUGGUUUCUCUUAUUGUGCUUUGUUAGAGUCUGUGAUUUGAUUAUGGUGGAACUGUAUGUAAAUUUAAAGUGCUUUUACUGGGGGAAGGGGUUAUCCCUGAAAUUAGGUCACAUGUAAGUACAGUCUUAUGAUGAUAUAGGAAAACUAUAGGAUAGUUGUAGAAGCUGUACUGAAGUACAGAUCUAUGGCUGGCUGGACUGAUCUUCUGUGGAGACUUGAUUGAUGAUUAAUGAUAGUCCUGGAACAUUGGAAAUUCUUCCCAGAGUGAAAGCGAUGAAAAGGAUAUGGAAUACCAUUACUCAAAUAUGUUUCAUUUGUACAGCACAUUUAACAAUAGGCACUGGCAGCUUUACUGAAACCCAGAUGCAGACUAGAUCUGUCAUGAGCAAGCCAGAGAUGAUGUUGGCAAAGAAAAUCUUCCUGAGACGACAUGAGAAGAAACCUUGAGAAGAACCAGACCCAAAAGAGAUUCCUUCCUCUUUUGGAUAGUUCAAUACUAAAUCAUUAGCAUAUUGUGAAUAAGAAUUCUGGCAUAAGAACAGACUUUAGGAUUACCAUUUUUAAGUACAGAUCUACUAUAUGCAGCUAAAAUUAUUAAAUGAAGUAGAGGUAAGAUUUAUCCAAGUGACAGCCAAUGACUAUGAAACCACAUUUUGACUUUCCAAGCUGUUAGAGUCCCACUUGCAAUCCACAUGGACCGGUGUGUCUGCAUGGUUUCAUUCCAAGAACUCAAGGGCACACUUGCUUUAUUAGUAAGUCGAAGUGUUUAAACAACCGAUAAGCUAAAUCAGGUAUGCAGCCAUACUGGCUUAAACAUACAGCAGCUGUAGAAAAAUACAGAUUUAGAUCUGUAAUUUAAAAAUUCAUAUUUGAUGGUGGAUAGGUAAAUCUCCUGAGAUGAAGUGUGGAAGAAACUUUAAUAGGAACCAUACUCGAAAGGAACUUAUAAUCUUCUAGAUUUCAUAUACAUACAUUAUAUACACAUACAGUAUGUGUAUAUAUAUAAUGCUUCAUAAUUACAGCAUUGUGCAUGAGCUUAUAUACUAAAACACAGAAGACACAUGAGACUGUGGGAUGUGAAAAUCUUAAGGGUAUCAAUGUGGGACUACCCACAGCAGCAGAAUGUAGCGUUUCUGUAAAUUGUACAAUAAGUAGUUGUAUAUACAAUAUAAUUGUGCAAAGAACAGAUGCAACAGUUAAACUAAAUCCUAAUAUGCAGAAGAUGCAUUUAAUUGAACUAUGACUGUAUGUCACAAUGAUUAAUAUCAUAUAACAUCAGUAUUUAUGAUUUUAUUUAUAAACACAUAUUGGUAGCAGUUACCUUUAAAAGGUUAAUGUUUUUUAUAAAGCUCAACAAACCACAACUCUUUUAGAUAUUAAUGAAAAUCGGAAUCACAUCAUCUUUUAUAUAUUUUUAACCAAAGUUAUCCCCAAACUAUAUCUUUGAUUCAAAUGUUUUAUAAGAACUAAAUCCACUCUUGUUUUACAGCAAACACUAGCACAGGAGUAACAGUGUAACUCAUGAGACUGUGACAGAUUACCUACUUCAAUACUAUAUUUAGUCUUUACCCUCGACUCUCCCCCACCAGACCCCUGCCAAACAGCUGGCAUUUCCAUCUUAGCUGAGCGACUCGUGUCUGCUUGUUUAACGCUCCGUAAAAGCAGGACACCUAUGUAUCUGGCUGGGUGGGUGGGUCCACCUGAGUUUCUCUGGUUCCUUCUGAGAGCAAGAUGGAGGCCAGAGAGAUGGUUCUCAGACUCCCGGGUCGUGCAACUUCAUCCAGUGGCUUUGGUCAGACCACGGUGCUGCGGCACAAAGAAGUUCACCAUUUCUUUUUUGUCCCAUUUAGGGAGCAGCCUAUCUACAGCACACGGGCGCAUGUCUUCCAGAUCGAUCCGAAUACUAAGAAGAACUGGAUGCCCACCAGCAAGCAUGCCGUCACCGUUUCCUACUUCUAUGACAGCACCAGGAAUGUGUACAGGAUCAUCAGCCUGGAUGGGUCAAAGGCUAUAAUAAACAGCACCAUCACCCCGAACAUGAGCUUCACGAAGACGUCGCAGAAGUUCGGGCAGUGGGCAGAUAGCCGCGCCAACACGGUGUAUGGAUUGGGGUUCUCCUCAGAGCACCAUCUGUCUAAGUUUGCCGACAAGUUUACGGAGUAUAAAGAAGCAGCCCGCUUGGCCAAGGAGAAGUCCCUCGAGAAGAUGGAGUUGGCGAGCUCUCCCUCUCAGGAAUCGCCUGCUGACAUUCACUCGCCUCUGACCCCUCCUGUCUCCGCCGACCUCUGCCGAAUCAACGGCACAGGCGAUGAUGCCACCUUGUCAGACGCAUCGCCUAAUUCGGAGCUCCAAUCAGACCUCUCCCCAACCACCCCGACCCUUGCGCACAGUCCAACUACCACCAAGCACUGGGAAGCUGAAUUGGCAGCUCUGAAGAGCAACAAUGCCAAACUUACAGCGGCGUUGCUGGAGUCCACUGCCAACGUCAAGCAGUGGAAACAACAGCUGGCUGCUUACCAGGAGGAGGCUGAGAGGCUUCAUAAAAGGGUGUCUGAGCUGGAGAGCCAAAGUAGUCAAGCCAAUGCGAUCAAGUGUCAGAAAACAGAGCUUAACAAAACCAUAGAGGAGUUGGAAGCCACAUUGAAGUCUAAAGAAGAGGAAAUGGACCGUCUAAGAGAGGAAGUGGAAAAAGCCAAGCAGUUACAGUCACAGAAAGAGACACUGGAACAGAAGCUAAUGGCCACAGAUGCCAGGAACAAGGACCUGGAAGAACAGUUAGCUGAUGUGGAGCAGCGUCUGGAGACGAGCCAGCUGGAGCAGGAGAACUUCCGCAAGAGCCUCAAAACGCUGCUUGAGAUCCUGGACAGCAAGAUCUUCGAGCUGACAGAGAUGAGAGACAACCUGGCCAAACUCAUAGAGGACAGUUAGAACACGCUGCUUUCGCCUCUGCCUCAGAAAACGUGGACUUGCCGAGGUACAUGGUGACAAGAACGAAACGCACAGCUCUUCUGCCCAGACCUCGUCGUGUACUUUUACACUUUUAAAGCCUUCUUGACUGGAGGACUCGAAAUAUUAUUAUUAUUAUUAUUAUUAUUAUUAUUAUUAUUAUUAUUGAAUUAUAUGGUAACGAUAAGCAUUCAGUUGCACUUGAAUUUGUACUUUUUAGGUGAAUAAUCUUUCUUCAGUGCCACUGCUACCUACUAGGUGAUAAUCAGCCGUAUAAUGCUCCCCGUCCUUUUCUUAUUAUUAAUUGAAUAUUAUUCGAAUUGUUUUUCCUUAAUUGUACACAGGUAGUGUAGAGAAAGUAGGCAGCCUACAAAGACGAACGCUGCUGCACAUAGGCUCUUCCUUUCUACGGUGCUGGUUUAGCGUGCCUGGUUUAUUUGCAAUUAAAGGACAUCUGCUAUGCUGCUGAGGACACUCGAAUCAAUCACACCCACCGGAUCGUCCGUUCCGAGCCAUAUGCUGUAGCCAGACCGUGUCGGCUUGCCUCGUCACCUUCAAGGAAACUGCCUCAAUGUUCAGUCAGAGCUUCAGGAUACUUUACCAUCGACUUCCUGACAAGAACAAAAGACACCCUGUGAAGUCUGAACACUUAGAUACAGGUGUGGCGUAUUGGCCUGUAAUGUACAAUGAGCAAUAUUCAAAACAGUCUUUAUGUCACCUCAGUGUAUUUAUCAGGUAUUCCAACUUUGGACUAAUCUGUGGACUAACAUUGUUUAGUAGAUGUUCCCCUUCCUGAUAGUGCUCCUCAAAGCAGUCUGUAGUGCUUUCAGAUUGUUUUAGCCUUAGAGUAUAAAAUUCUGCACUGGAUAUCAGACUCGAUGAGGAAUUUCCUCGUUUUUGGAUUUUUUUUUUUCGUCUGCAUUAGCAAAUGCAGUGUUCAACUUACAAUUCGAAAUAAUGUGUUAUUAUGAAAUAUAUAUGCUGAUGGAUACGAUACAUAGAGCACUGUUAAUAUGAUUGUAUUUAUAGAUGGGAACGUUCAAUAAAAAAAAAUCCCAUUAAUAAGAUAAAGAAAUAUCAAUGAAAUGGUGCUUUAGAAUAGAGAAAGUAUUUGUGUGCUCUCAUCCUGAUAAUAACAGUCUGUAGUAAAGGGUUUCAUUUUUGUUAUAUUAACGCAGCUUGCCAUACUCUUGCUAGAGUGCCAUCCAAAUUAUACUCCAGCUAGAUUCUUAUCCAGGGUGUCUGUGGGGUUCUGAGAUAGGCCCUGGGUCCACCACAACUCAGCCAGUAAAAAAUUGUUCACUGAAUGAAUGAAGACUGCUUUUGGGCAAUUUAAAACUACCUUUAUGGUUGUAAAACGUGCAUAAAUAAGAUGUGGGAAGGCGCUUUACAUUGGGGGCUUAUGAAAUUUAAAUAUUAUGUAAGCUAUGAAAUGCAUGACUUUGACUUUGGUCAUUUUGGUUCAAUGAUAAAAAAAUAUUAUAUUUUACCUUUUGUGAAAUUACGGUUAAAUUUACGGUUACAUUUAUAUACGUCAAAAUUAACACGUUAAUAAUGCAUUAUCUCAAAUUCAUUUUAUCGGCACUGAUUUUUCCUAACGCAAUUAAUACAGCGCAUUUUUUAUUAACAAUAUAAAUAAGUAUAAAAUAGGCUAAAUUAAAACCUUCAACAAAACACACAUUUAUUAAUGACAUCCUUUCUUUACAAUUCUUUAAAAAAGAAUCCCACAGAAAGAUCUUUUUAAAUCACUCAAAAUAAUUACUCAAUACUAAAAAUAUUAUUUUUACUAUUACUAUUACUACUAUUUUACUACUAAAGCUGCUCCAGAAAACAAAGUUACAGCUUUACCUCAGUCUGUUACAAGCACUGGUAGUGGACACUGCAUUCAAAAAUGUGAAAUGAUUGUUUCUUCACAGAACGCUUUACCAAAUCAACAGCACAUUUGACUCUACAGGAACAGUAAUAGAACAGUAGAUUAAUAUAAUCUGUCAGAGCUGCUGUUAUAGAGAAUUAUCAUCUUUUUGAUCAGUCACAAUUGAGAAUUAAACAGCACCAUGGCAUGACAUUUUUAAUACACUUCUUACACACUUAUAAAGCGUAGACUAUUGAGCUUCUCAGUUGAUGUUCCUAUUUGUUUAAAACUAGGAAUUAUUAAAAAUAAACCCCUGAAUGAUGCUAUGUGGCUUUAUUUGU